AUGGGCAAAAAGAAGCGCUCACACCCCAACAUCGAGGAGCUCCUCGAGCGCCCCUGGUGUUACUACUGCGAGCGUGAUUUCGAGGAUCUGAAGCUCUUGAUCUCUCACCAGAAGGCCAAGCAUUUCAAAUGCGAUCGUUGUGGUCGAAGGCUGAACACAGCGGGAGGUCUCUCCGUACACAUGAACCAAGUCCAUAAGGAGACACUCUCACACGUCGAAAAUGCCCUCCCUAAUCGUCAAGCCCUGGACGUCGAGAUCUUUGGCAUGGAAGGUGUUCCCGAGGAGGUCAGGGAGCAGCACAAACAAAGGAUUCACCAAAACUACUGGGCGGCCCAGGACGAGCGCUUCAAGGCGACAGGAAAUCCCCCUCCAGGCCAGGAGCGACCUUCCAAGAAGAUCAGGAUAGAGACCCCGGAGGAGCUGAAGAGGAGGUUCGCCGAGUUCCGCGCCAAGAAAGCGGCAGGAAUACCGACAGGCACAAACGGCAACGCGAAUGCGGCGCCGGCGAAUGUACAGAGUCCCGCGCAAAAUGGCAGCCCGGGCACCUUCAACUCACCAUUCGCCCCUCCACAACCCUACGCUCAACCCGGCUUCCCAAACUACCCACCGACCGGCCCUCCUCCUGCUGCUGGUUUCCAACAGUACCCUGCUUCCUCUCUUCCCGCCCGCCCGCCGAGUCUGCCGACCGCACCAAACCUUCCCCAACGGCCAGGUUAUCCGGCUGGGAACUACUAUCCCGGCCAGCCUGGCGCGCCAGGCUUCCCUGCCGCUGGUGGCGCAUCAACAGUGGACGAGCUUGUGGCAAACGCGAGGCAAGGCGAUGACAUCGACCAGCUCAUCCGCAUGGCUGAGGCUGGCAUCAAGCCGGCCAAGACACCAACGGACGGCGCGCCGACCGCGCCGCCGCCGGCCGAGGGAGAAAAGAAGUCAAAGAAGGAGAAGGGGCGGAUGGUGUAUUCCGAUACCGACCUCAGCCCCGAGGAGAGGAUGGCAAUGCUGCCCAAAUACGCUUGGACGCCUACUAUACCGGCUUAG